CGUUUACGUAAUGGUCUAUAAACGAAAUUUGGUGGGUUCAGUCAAAUCACUAGGUUUGCUACAUCAGCAAAAUUGAAAGUAGAUGCAGCCUGUGGAAUAUGACGACUCUUUCGCAAAUUGACGACCCUUAAGAGCUGGUAAGAUUGAGAAAAUGUUCAUCAUAAAGACAGGAGAAAUGUGGCAGGAGGAAUUUCGUAGUUGAAUGUAAAUAUGUUGUAAAAAGAUUCUCAUUCAUCAUGCUCUCCUUUUGCUACCUCUCGUUUCCUUGGCGUACAUAAGUACAUUAUAAUUUUUUUUUCAAACUUGAAUCUUAAGAAAAAUAUAUUCUUGGUUUCAAUUUCACGUGUUGGUACCUGUAACCAUUGUCAGUUGAUGGAAUUAAGUUUCGUCCGUGUAAAAUUAAACCAAGCGAGUUUUGCUUAAUUUGCAAAUCAUAAUCAAGUUUUUCCCUCUUUUGCCUGACUUACCAUCCCCUCUCUGUUUGAAACUUAAACACCACCUCAUAUCUAAAGAUCUAAAGGUCUUUCAACGUAAGUCUGUCACUGUCCAGUACCCCUCGGUGAUUAGUGGUAAAAAAAAUUGUCAAGCAAUAAUUUAUCCAUUCAUUACACCCAUUUUGAAAUCACUGGUGAUCCUUUUCAUCUGAUUGUCUCUCAUUGGUGCGAUUUAUUCACGAAUGGCACAAUUCUUUUUCUCUAAAUCACAUCUUUUUUCUGGGCAAUUAGGGAGCUUUACAACAACCAAUUGCUUGUGAACAAACAAGUGCUGGGCACUUGUUUGAUGUUGAAAUCAUGCAUCUGAUUUCAGACCAAAUUGCAAUCCACUCAGUUUGAUUCCCUUUCUAAAUUUCACUCCACACAGUUCAGUUACCAUCAUUUAUCAUCCUUUUUUGUUUUGUUUUCAAGCUUCUCAAAUUGCUUUUCAUUUCUUUUUGAAGAAUAUAUUUCAUUGAAUUACUAAUACUUUUCUUCAAUCUCUGAAAUUUCAGAUUUAAAAUUACGUUUGUCACUUGUUUUAUUUUGCAGAAGGGAAAACCUUUCUUCCAGUGAAAGACAAAGAAUGGGAGAUGAAAGUCCAACCCUUUUGAGGCCUGAAGCCUUAGAAUGGCAUUGUUCAAACACUGAUUGGCAGCUUGACACACACACAAAAGUCAUGCCAAGUUCACCAUCACCUUUUGUUACCCUUGAAGAAAUUGCACCAAGUAAUGAUAUUAUAUCAGAUGGAAAACAAACCCAAGACUCUGAAAUGUUUAUGUUGAGACCUUGGAUUAAAGAGUCAAGAAGAACAUCAGGAUUUUUAUCAGUUGGGAAAAAUGUGAGACGAUACUACAAGCAAAUGGAAGAGACAAAAAUUACUUUUGAUCAGAUCAAAGAAAACGACUCUGACGCAUCAUUCAAUAGCAGCUCUGAAGAAGAUAAACAGUCUGAAAAAGUGUCAACUGCAGUGAAAUUGAGUUUGUUCCUUAACACUGCCCUAAUAAUUGCUAAAGCUGUUGCUUCAUAUCUUUCUGGUUCUAUGUCCAUCCUUUCUAGCUUGGUAGACAGCAUUGUAGAUUUGGUGUCAGGUGUUGUUGUGUGGUAUACAAGUCGUGCUGUUAAGGGCACUGAUUACUACAAAUACCCUGUGGGAAAAACCCGCCUGGAGCCAAUCAGCAUCAUAGUCUUAUCAGUCAUAAUGGCUGUGGCUUCAAUACAAGUGAUAAUCACAUCUAUCACAAAGAUGAUUGAACACACAGUUGAUCCUGAUAUUUCAACUCCCACAAUUGUAAUUAUUGGUGCAACUGUCUUCAUUAAAGGGGCUAUGUUUCUUUACUGUCAUCAAAUAAAGAAACCCUCAACAGAUGUUUUAGCUCAAGAUCAUAGGAAUGACAUAGUUUCAAACUCUUUUGCCUUAGGAUUUGGUUACAUUGGGUACAAAGUAUGGCCUAAUGCUGAUGCAUUGGGUGCUAUCAUGAUAAGUCUUUAUAUAGUUAUAGGGUGGUAUAGAACUGGUAAGGAGCAGAUACGUGGCCUGACAGGCCAUACUGCUCAACCAGCCAUGUUACAAAAGCUUCUGUGGGUUUGUUUGAAUCAUGACACAAGAAUUCAGUUUAUUGACACAUUAAGAGCAUAUCAUUUUGGCUUCCAUUUUCUUGUAGAGGCCCAUAUUGUCUUACCACCCAACAUGACACUUGAAGAAGCUCAUGACAUUGGGGAAUCACUUCAAAGGAAGUUAGAAAGUUACUCAGAUGUAGAACGAGCCUUUGUUCAUAUUGACUAUGAUUAUGAACAUCAUCCAAGUGUUGAACAUAAAAUAGGACAUGGGCACAGUGCUGAUACUACUCCUGAACAAAAACAGGUAGAUGACACUCUUUGAAUCAAGAAAAGUAUUAUUUUGAGUGGUAAACCUGUCAUAAAGAUAUAAUUUUACAGAAGGACAUGACAAAUCUCAUAACAUAUAGUGAUCAUGGUGAUUAAGAAGGUUGAGUGCUGCACUAUGUGCUUCUAUUUUUCCCUGGGUGUGUUGCAAUACUUAGACUUGGAAGGAAUGACUUAGACAUUGUUUUGAGUUGAGAAUUACCACGCUGAGAGUGUUACAGAACAUUAACAUCUCCGUUUUUGGAAAUAUUUCAUAGUCAAUUAAUUGUGGAGUAUUACAAUUGUGAGAAAAAGAAAUAAAGAUGUUUUCUGACAAGUUUAGAAUCUGUAAGUUCUAGUGUGGUUUAACAUUUGACAAGUAUCUCCUUGGAUGUUUUUCAAGUUAGAUUUUCACCACUGUUGAGUUCAUUUGAGUUCACAGAUGAUAGAUGAUAGACAGUAGAUGGCAGACUAUAGAAGAUGGAUUUUGUAAUGGGGAAUGGGGGAUUGACCACUUGAUACAAGUUGACAGCUUAGUUAAUGUAGGUUUUGCAGAAUAAGGGUAUAAGGAAAAAAAAGCUCCAUUUUGAAUUGUGGAUGGUUAUCUGGCUUAGUAAUGUGUCUCUAUGAAUUGUACAAAGAAACGAACAAUAACCAAAGUACAAAGAAAUUACAGAUUUCAGACAUUGUUUUUGAUUCAAUAUUUUGGUAGUCAACCAUUCUCUAAAUGGCCAAUAUUCUCACUUCAAGAACCCUGAAAUCAGAUGUGUGGAAAGCUCUCUUCAGAUUAAGAAGUUUUUUUUAAAGGGCUAGGGUUCACACAAUCAAUUGAAGCAAAAAUUUCAUCCAACAGUUGCUUCACAUAGAAGCUCACUCUAAUCUACUGCCUUAGGAUGCAGGAAGGAUGGUUGACAAUUCUUGAUGCAGGCAGGUGCAUGUUAAUUCACAUUCAUGUUCUUGUUUGCCUUUGCUGUUAUAAAUUACUAGCAAUUGCAGAAUUAAUAUGUUACCCAAAACUGUGUCUAAAUGUUGUUGAUGGGUAAGUGUGUGAUGGGGAAACCCUCUUUAAAAAAGAAAGCAGCAGAAGACAUUGAAGUAGAGAUUUUAAAACAAAUUUAGGAAAUUUACCUUUAAUAUAAGUAGCUGAUUUAAUCAUCUUACAAGUCUUUGUUGCAUUUGGAAAGUACAUCGGGACAAAGUAAUGGAACAUAGAUCAGAGGGACCCUCAUGACAGAUCAAGAUGAGCUUUAUUUGUGAAACCCUUUCAACUUGAAGGUUUCCUUUGUGUGAUACAAACAUCAACACAACAGCCACAUGCUGUGAAACAAAUCAAAGCUUAAAUCUUCAUUUGGAAGGAUUUCAUAAAUUAAGCCUUCCCCCCUAAACCAUAUUCUAAACCACUUAAGGCAGGUCACCUGUGAUUUACCAGUAAUACAUUGAAUAGCAACAUAUCCAUC